AUGGAUGAGGUCAUGAAUUCUCAUUCAGGAAGGAUGUUCAGCGAUAGAAAAUGGAUUGUUCCAUUCUUUGCAAGUCUGCUCAUUUCAAGUACCCUGCUUCUAACAGCGACUUUAAGGUUGUUUAUUCCUUCACAAAGUGAUGAGCAAUUGCCAUUGGAUGCUGUUUCGUUUGCAAAAGAGGAGGAUUCGAGUGGGUUUUUCAUUGAGCCUGAAUUAAGAAGUUCAUUGAAAGAAACAAGUGGUGUUGUGAAAAUGGAACCUCCAAGAUUAGCCUAUUUAAUUUCGGGUACAAAAGACGACAGUCGGAGAAUGAUGAGGACUUUGCAGGUUGUAUAUCACCCAAGAAAUCAAUAUGUUCUGCACAUGGAUCUCGAGGCUCCACCUCGAGAAAGAUUGGAGCUGACGAAUCUAGUGAAGGCUGAUUCAACAUUCAAUGAGGUAGAAAAUGUGCGUGUAAUGGCUCAAUCCAAUUUGGUUACAUAUAAAGGUCCUACAAUGAUUGCUUGCACGCUUCAAGCAAUAUCGGUUUUGUUGAGGGAGAGUAUGGAUUGGGAUAGGUUUAUAAAUUUAAGUGCUUCAGAUUAUCCAUUGAUGACACAAGAUGAUUUGUUUCAUGUGUUCUCCAACAUAACUAGAAAUUUCAAUUUUAUUGAGCAUUCUCAGAUUGCGGGGUGGAAAUUGAGUCACCGAGCGAAACCGAUCAUCAUCGAUCUAGGCUUUUACUUAUCCAAAAAGUCGAAACUUGCUUGGACAACUCAAAGACGCUCACUUCCAACAUCCUUCAAGUUGUUUACAGGUUAG